CUGGGGACGCUCAUCCCUGGCUGGAGCCCCGACUUCCUUCGCGAAUCCAGAUCUCGUUGCUGUCCCGGGACGCCCCUGGAUCUUCUCCCGGCUCCUUUUCCUCCUUAACUGGCUGGUUUUCUUGUUCCUGCCUUCCCAGCUCCCGUCUCCCAACUCCGCGUUUCCCUGCACUGCUUCCCGGCCCCCGUAGCCCUCCAUCCCGAGCAUCCCACCUGCCACCUCCUGGCUUUUGGCCUCCUUGACCCCAAAUCCCUUGACCAACAGGGCCCUGUCAACCUUCUCGCCGGGUUCUCCUAAACUCUUCCCUUUGCCAGCUCCGGACCCUUGACCUCUUGACCUUUGACCCCGGCACCCCUGACUCCAGCCUUCUCAAUUCCUACCUCCUGUAGUCGGGAUUUCUGAAACCAAGGUCUUCCCUCGACUUCAGACCCCCCUUUCUGAGGCUUAUUUUGACUUUCUUACUCUUGGGCCCGUUCCUGCUACUGUUGCUGCACAAUGGACUUCUUGAUGAGUGGUCUGGCAGCCUGCGGGGCCUGUGUGUUCACCAAUCCCCUGGAGGUGGUGAAGACCAGGAUGCAGUUGCAGGGAGAACUGCGGGCCCCCGGCACCUACCAGCGGCACUACCGAAACGUCUUCCACGCCUUCAUCACCAUCGGCAAGGUGGAUGGCCUGGCUGCUCUGCAGAAGGGCCUGGCCCCUGCCCUCUUAUACCAGUUCCUGAUGAAUGGCAUCCGACUGGGCACCUAUGGGCUGGCUGAGGCUGGGGGCUACCUGCACACGGCCGAAGGCACCCUCAGUCCUGUCCGCAGCGCAGCAUCUGGGGCCCUGGCUGGAAUGAUGGGAGCCUACUUGGGGAGCCCCAUUUAUAUGGUGAAGACACACCUACAGGCACAGGCAGCCUCAGAAAUUGCCGUAGGACACCAGUAUAAGCAUCAGGGCAUGUUUCAGGCGCUAACCGAGAUUGGCCAGAAACAUGGUCUGGUGGGGCUGUGGCGUGGGGCCAUGGGUUGCCUGCCCCGAGUUAUCGUCGGUUCCUCUACCCAGCUGUGCACCUUCUCAUCCACCAAGGACCUCAUAAGCCAGUGGGAGAUCUUUCCUCCCCAGAGCUGGAAGGUGGCUCUGGUAGCUGCUAUGGUGAGUGGCAUUGCAGUGGUCCUGGCCAUGACACCCUUUGAUGUGGCCAGCACAAGGCUCUACAACCAGCCCACAGAUGCUCAGGGCAAGGGCCUCGUGUACCGGGGAAUACUGGACGCUCUGCUGCAGACGGCUCGAACAGAGGGCAUUUUUGGCAUGUACAAGGGUAUAGGUGCCUCCUACUUCCGCCUUGGCCCCCACACUGUCCUCUCCCUCUUCUUCUGGGACCAGCUGCGCUCCCUCUACUACACCUACACUAAAUAACAGCCAGUUUCCCACACCACCAAAUCAGCACUCCUUGAACAAUUCUUCCUCCACUACUAUGUCCUGGUAACUACUGACCAGGUGACCUUUCAUCCAUUCAAGGGGGACAGCCAACCUCCCUCCCCAUCUGUUCUCUCAGGGUUGAAUCACUACAAGGGAUAGUUUCCCUCCCUUCCUUGGGUGUUGCUUCGAGCCUUCCCUAACCAUCUCCCGGCACACUUCACACGCCCCUCUCAGGGCUGAACCAGUCACUCCAAAGUGUAUUUCCUCCCUCUCUCCACUUCCAACCUUGGGUCCCUCCUGCUCCCAUGCACAGCUUUAAACUCCCCCCUCCAAGACCAAAGGGAAUUGGGGGGACCCAGGUGUCCUGUUAGAUCCAAAGGCACAGAGAUUAUAUUGGUUAUAAAGCAAGUUUAUU